UUGGGCGCGCAGGGAAGUUUAACACGAGCUAGAAUGAUAUCAAUAAAAGACAAAUAACAAACAUUAUUAAUAAAUCUAACAAUAAUUUUAUAUAUACACUGAAUUACUGGUUUAUAAAAGUGUAUGAAGUGUUGGAGAGAGAGAGAGGAAUCCGUUACUGUUUCAGAUGGACGAACCCGGUUUGAAUUUUCCCAUUUCUUUGAAUUCCAACUUCCUGGAAGAACAGCCCGAAAAGCCGAGAGGCCGAUGGACUCCGGAGGAAGACGACUGUCUCAAAGCUCUGGUCCAGCGCCUGGGUUCCAGUAACUGGGAUCUUAUCGCCUCUUUCUUACCAGGCCGAAGCGAACCGGACUGUAAGUACCGUUACAAUCGGGUCCUGGACCCAGACCUGGUCAAGGGCUUUUGGACCAAAGAGGAAGAUGCGAUGCUCAUCGGAUUGGUGUCGAAAUUCGGAAACCAGAAGUGGGCCCGGAUAGCCAAGUACCUCAAAGGUCGCAGGGGAAAGCAGUGCAGGGAACGCUGGCAUAACCACCUCGACCCCUCGGUGAAUAAAAACGCCUGGACGACAGAAGAAGAUCUCGUCAUCUGCAAGGCCCACAGCGUUAUCGGGACGAGCUGGUCCAAGAUCGCCAGACUGCUUCCUGGGAGGACGGAUAACUCCAUCAAGAAUCGCUGGUAUUCGUCUCUGAGGCACAAAAUAGCCACGGGCGCUCUGGUGGUGGACGACGAUCCUCUGCUUCCUAUAAAAGCAGAGGCCGGCGAGGAGGACCGAGCUCCUUCUCCUGUAGAGGAAAGCAAAAAGGACGACUCCUGCAACACCAGCUUGACGUCCGAGUCUCUGACCGACACGCCUGAAGAUAUGCGACCUACACCGGAGCCCCUCAGUAAUUAUGAUCAGGACUUCUGUUGUGAUGUCGUUUUGGAUUCGGAUCCAGUCCCGGACGUUCCCGAUCAGGGAACGUCAGAUCUCAGGGUUUCCAGGAGGAAACGGAAGCUCGGAACCAACAGGACCUGUUAUAACACCGACACUUCGAGUUCCAGAUCCAGAUCCAGCGCGGACGGCGUGCUGCAGAUGAUCGCCGAGGACAUGCUGCCCCUCAGCCUGGUGGAAGGUUCGGGGUUCCGGAGCUUCGUCGCGGCGGUCUGUCCCCGGCACCCCAGACUCUCUCAGCGCACGCUGGGGCUGAGGCUGUACGACGCCGUGGAGAAGACGGCCAAGCCGCGCCUGAUCGGACAGCUCAGGGACUGUCGCGCCGUCAGCGGCGAGAGCGCCGACAUCCACGUCACGGCGGACGUCUGGGCGGGCGACGACGCCGACCCCGUGCUCGCCGUCCGGCUGCACUUCCUCGACGAGGCCUGGAACGUCCGCCGGCCCACCGUCGCCUUCCGGCACCUGAGAGGGAAGAACCUGAACAGCCUGGUCACCCGGGAGCUGGAGGCCGUGCUGCUGAGCUACGGUCUGUUCCCCGAAAACAUCGGCUACAUCAUCGCCCACGAGGCCAAGAGCACCAUCAGCGCGCACGACUUCUUCUGCGACUACAAGAUCAUGCACAGCGCGCAGAAGAACGACCCGGAGGAGGACGAGCUGGUCGACUUCCUGGACGAUCAGGUCUACGUGGACGGCUUCUCCGAGAUCCUGCUGGGAACGCACACGGACUGCACCGGCGGCCUUCUCCACUCGGCCAUCAGGGAGGCGCUGAAGAGCUGCAAGUCCGUGGAUCACGCGCUCUCGCAGCUCCGCGACGUGGUGCUCUUCUUCCGCCGUAACGUCUACUGGGACGAGCUCCUCCUCAGGGAGUUUAAAUUCUCCCUGGCGGGUCCGUACAGCUACGGCGCCUACGCUUGGAACUCCACCUUCGCCAGCGUGCGCAGACUGACCUCGGAGUUCGCGUGGGACGCCGCGCGGGCCCUGCUGGCCCAGGCACACAAGGACGGUGCGGACGACCCUCCGCCGGCGCUGCGCGUCGACCGCGAGCGAGCCGCGGACGCCGUCGGGCUGCUGGAGCCGUUCGAAGAGGCCGUGCAGGUCCUUCAGGGAGACGGCGUCACGUUCUCCCUGGUCAUCCCGUCCAUAAUCGGCAUCGAUAGAACCCUCGCCGCCAAGGCGACCGGUCACCCGCCGUUCUGCAGGGCUCUGCGUGCCAGCCUGCGCGACCACUUCCAACCCCUGAUCAUGAAACGAGACCUCAUCCUCGCGACCAUCCUGGACCCUCGGAUCAAGCUCCAGCCCUUCGAGGACGACCGGCAGGACGACUCCGCCUCCGCCGCAACUCUUAACCCGCCCACGAAAGUCUUAGCCUGUUCCGUCUUGGAGUCCGCCGUGAGCGAAAUGGACACGUGGAUCCCGGUCGAGGAGGGCACCGCCGCGCUGGACCGCGAGGACGAGCUGGCCGCGCGGGCCGCCAGCCUGGGCAACAUCAAAAGCAAGAAGGUGUUCCGGCUGGAGCGGCCCCGCGCGGCGAUGACCCCGGGCUCCGAGCUCGACCUGUAUUUAUCCGAGCCUCUGCUGGACGGAGACUCUUCGGUCGAGGCGUUUUGGAAAGAGGCCACACGCUUCCCCCAGUUGCGGAGCCUCUGCCACAGGCUGCUGGCCGUCCCGGCCUCUUCGGGGGGGUUCAGACGGCUGUUCCCCCUGGCGGCGAGCAUAGUCCGGGCGCGGCGGAACAGGCUACCGCAGCACACCACCGAGCGACUCUUACUAUACAGAGAGUGCGUAAAAGCGAGGGGGGGGAAACAGAGCUCCGAACUCUCAUGACUCGCUGCAGACCUCCACUUCUGACCGAGCAGGGUCGAAACUAACACACGCCCGUCCGACACGUGUCCAGUACAGAUCGCUUCUUCUCACCCGCACCAGAUGGGUUCAUAUGGAGAUCCGUACCGCGCACGGAGAGUCAUAAACUGAUCUCCAUUAUCCCCAUGUCUGUGCAGCGCCAUCGAUCAGCCAGCAGAGGUCGUAAUCGCAGCAGUUAUGAGGAACCCCGGCGACCCUCCCUCCCUCAGACGAGCCGUUUGUUAGAGAGAACUCUUGAGCUUGGGAUGUCAGCUCUGGUAUUCAUGAAUAGAAAAUAAAUAGAGUUUAUUUUAUUACC